AUGGGAAAAUCCAAUAGUAAACUCAACGAAGACGAACUAAGGGAGUUACAAAAAUGCACUCAUUUUAACAAAAGCGAACUUCAACAAUGGUAUAAAGGAUUUCUAAAAGAUUGUCCUUCUGGUGAACUUGACAAACUCGAGUUUCAAAAAAUAUACAAACAAUUUUUUCCUUUUGGUGAUCCCUCCCGAUUUGCCGAAUAUGUUUUUGAUGUAUUUGAUGAAAAUAAGAAUGGAAAAAUAGAAUUCAAAGAGUUUAUAUGUGCCUUAUCUAUUACUUCUCGAGGCAAAUUAGACGAAAAGUUACAAUGGGCGUUCCAACUUUAUGACAUAGACAAUGAUGGUUAUAUAACGUAUGAUGAAAUGUAUAAAAUUGUAGAUGCAAUAUACAAAAUGGUCGGUAGUAUGGUGAAACUGCCUCCGGAUGAAGAUACACCAGAGAAGCGUGUCAAGAAAAUAUUUAAUUUGAUGGAUAAAAAUCAAGAUGGUAAACUCAGUAUAGAGGAAUUUAGAGAAGGCUCAAAACAAGAUCCUACAAUCGUUCAAGCCUUAAGCUUGUACGAUGG